AUGUCCUUCAAAGAGCAGAUCGUCGUGGACUGCCGGGGCCAUCUCCUAGGUCGCUUGGCCUCGGUGCUCGCCAAGGAGCUUCUGAACGGACAGCAUGUGGUGUGCGUCCGCGCAGAGGACAUCAACAUCUCUGGAUCUUUGUAUCGUAACAAGCUGAAGUACGCGAACUUCAGGAGGAAGCACAUGAACUCCAACCCAAAGCAGGGCCCCCUGCACUACCGCUCCCCCUCGAAGAUCCUGUGGCGCACCAUCCGCGGCAUGGUGCCGCACAAGACCGCCAGGGGCUCCGCGGCGCUGGACAGGCUGAAGACCUUUGAGGGAAUUCCUCAUCCCUAUGACCGCAAGAAGAGCCGCUUGGUGCCCAGCUGCCUCAAGGUGCUGCGCCUGCGCCCGGAGCGCCGCUUCUGCCGCCUGGGUGACCUCUCUCAGCAGGCGAUGUCCGGGGCGGCGGCGAAACGCGGUGUUGAUGCAGUGGGCUGGAAGCACGGCGCGCUGAUCGAGCGCCUGGAGUCUCAGCGCAAGGCGGGGUCGGAGCGGGGUCUUCACAGCUCAUGUUAA